GAACACGUGGCAUUCGUCUACCGCGUGGAUGACACAGAAACAUCAGGGUAGGCCCACCACAUACGUCAACGUACGGGAUCAUCCGGCAGAUAUACAUUGAUUAACUCAAAGAAAAUCCAAAACCCAAUUGAAACUGCAAUUGUCAGAGUCUCAGAAGAAAAGUUGAGGCCAUGGCAAUGCCAUGGAGCUUGGCUCUUUACAUGGUGAACAUGGUCUGGAUGUUUAUGAGUGGGUGGAUCUCAUCAUGCUUGACGAUCGCCAACGAGAUUGCUCGGUCUGUUAGAACUGGUGAUAUUGGUCCCUUCCAUGUCGGAUAAUCAAUCAAGAAAACCCAAAACUCUUGCUUUGACGAGAAGAUAGAGGGAACCAUGAAAGACGGUGGAGGAUGGAUUCACUUUCAUAACCAGAAGAAGAUCUCAAACCUAGAAGAGAGAUGGAGGAACAUCAUAGCAAAUGUAUUUUACUGAAGAGUGGAGAUAAGUAGAUCUACUAUAGGUAUUUGUGCAAUAUGGUCGGGUUCUGAAGGUUAUCAUCCGCAAUCGCAGACAAUCAAUGGAGAUUGAAGGAUUCACAUUCAUCUGGUUCGGCUCUAAAGAGUAUACAAAGGAUGCUGUUGAAGGUAUGGGUGGGAAGUGGCUGGCUAGAAACCGUUUGAAAGUGAACUUUUCCAAGUACAGUCCAGUAUUAAAGCAAAAGCCCAUAGCAAUCACCCAGAUUCACUUGACAUACUAUAAGCGAAUCUUCGCUAGCGACUGGAUUCAGUCAUCAUCGAGUUGAGGUUGUAAUCAAAUAUAAGGUUUGAUUUAUGUGUUGAAUAUCAGAUAUGUCUUUCUUUAUGUUACUUAAGUUUCAAGACCCAACUUGAAUUGACAUCCAGAAGAUUUCGGUCCACACGCAUGCACACACACACACACACGCAUGAGAAAGUUGUCAUUCACAAUCACAUUCUAAACUA